AGCUGGUGCUCAAGACAAACGGGUCAAUAUAGUUUCAACGCAAAGGCAGAGCGAAAGAGCGAUGUCGAUGUCUUUGGCGCCUCACCCAGUUGGCAUCAAGUUCUGGACGUCCAUUUGGAGAGCCAACAAGGACUUGCCGUACACUGAAAUCCACGCAAAGUUUCAGAACUGGUAUGGCCAUGCUUUUCAUCGCCAGUUCGGCAAGUAUUUCUAUGCCCACCGCGCCGGGCGAAUGGGUCCCUUUGCGCCUCUGGUGAUGUUUGGCGUUGGCUUCAAGAUCAUCACCAUGUACUACGGUACUCUCAGGGAUACCAAUGCAGCAACCGAGGCAGCCUUAGCCUAUGGCCAGUCCGGCUACAAGACGAACCCUGUGCCCAAAUGAGAUCUGAAGCGCUGACUGAAUCAAGUGAAGUAGGCAAGCCAUCGGUGAGAACCACGGAACGAUUGAAACAGUUGAAUCCAGGCAGAAAGUGUGUGGUUUUGGCGUUUCUUCAAGUUGACAGAUGUUCACAGAAUGCAAAUGCAAAUAGCAAAAACCUCAAGAACCCAAGACGUUGGAAAUCGCUUUUUUCUCCUGGCACAAGGUGUCCAGGUUAUGAAAGGUGACGUCGGUUUUGGAGCCAAAAGGGAGCCACUACUUUCUGUAUUCGUAGUUUAGUGGUGGGGUCGUGAGGAGCUUUUCCCGAUCUAAGCCGAGCCUGAUCUUUGUGACUCAAGAUGGAAGGGUGCUUCAAUUCAUUCCUCCAAUCCCUUAUUGAACCAAGAACUGACCUCGCUGGCAUAGUCCGGGGCGGUCAAUGCUUGCGAGGGCCAACUCUUCUUGUUUCAGAAGCGUGCCAUUUCAAAAGGUACACAGAGUAAUUAGGGUCGCACAUCAUGCGGAGAUGCACUCCCGUUUGAAGUCGCACAUUUGAUUUGACACAUGGAAGAUGCUGUUCUUAAUUCUCCAGCUGUUGCUCCCAGACUCCUCCGAGGCACCAUUGCCGCUGCUUUUUAGCUCCAAACACGUAACUGGGGCCCGGCACAAAAGAAACAACAAAAUGUCUGCCGGGAUGUUUCCUACGCCAGGUCCUGGCAUUCAUGGUGGACCGCCCAGGACUGGCCUUGUGAUGUGGCAGCCGCAACCUGGCGUGCGCCUGGUGAAGAUGAACCUGCAGGGUGAGCAGGCGCCUUAUGCCACUGGCGGCAGCAGCAGCUUGUGCGCACUGGAGGAUACAAAGGCGGCGAUUACAAAGGCUGAGAUGGAGAUUUCAAGGCAAUCGCCAUGCCAGGUUCUUGCAGGGCCGAAGAGUAGGAGUUGAGCCGGUCGACAUCAUCUUCGAAAGCACACUUGUUCCGCAGGAAAAAACCAUGCACCCCAUUUGAUGUUUGAAAGACUCACCACACAAUAUGAUGUAUGUUGUCAGGUCGGUCAACUCUAACCAGUCUGAGUUUGAUGUAGGUGUAAUUGAUGCUUUGUGGUCAAGCUUGGCUUGCCGCCCCUGACCUUCUUGGCUUAGUUUUCCAAGUUGCAUAUUGAAACG